UUGUUUGUCAUUUAAGUAACGAGAUGCCCGAAAAUCUGACGUUUCGCGAAAAACGUGGGUCAUAGGGAAGCAAACAACAAUACAAAUUGAAUAAUUCGAUAAAAUUAGAAGUGCGAGUAUCUUAAUUAAAUUAAUUGUUUCUGUGCCAGUGAAGAUUCUACAGAGAAGGUCUACAAUCAGCGAUGGCUCCGAAAAUAUGGGAAGUAACGGUGUUUUUAGUGAAAGAAGAGAACUUUACCAUACCAAAAUACAACAGGAAAGUAAAACUUAGGGCAGAAUACGACCCCCAAGGCAUUAGUAUCAGAAUAUUAGAACCGGAUGAGACAACAGAGUUAUUAGAAUUCCCUGUAGAUUCAACAACAGAAUGCAGCAAAGUUGGGUUUAAAUCUUAUUUGUUUUCAAUAGACAAUGAGUCUUUACUAGUUAAAUUUAACACUAAAGAAGAAGCUAGAGAUUUUACCCUUUUAGUAACCAAAGUCAAAUCUGGCAGAGAUGCCUCUGUAUUUUCUGUGAGGACUGAAGAUUCUUCAGCAACACAGUAUUUUCAAUUUUACGGUUACUUAUCACAGCAACAAAACAUGUUACAAGACUUUGUUAGGACUUAUACUUAUCAACGAGCAAUAUUAAGUAAUUUAGAUGAUUUUAAGGAUAAAGUUGUGUUAGAUGUAGGUGCUGGCUCUGGGAUUUUAUCUUUUUUUGCUGCUCAAGCCGGUGCUAAACGGAUUUACGCUGUUGAAGCUUCCACUAUGGCCCACUAUGCACAGAAAUUGGUUGAUACCAAUAAUUUUUCAAAUUGUAUUAAGGUCUUACCUGGAAAAAUAGAAGAAGUAGAGCUGCCCGAAAAAGUAGACAUAAUAAUUUCCGAACCGAUGGGCUACAUGCUGUACAACGAACGUAUGUUAGAAUCCUACCUCAACGCGAAACGGUGGCUGGUUCCUGGCGGCAAAAUGUUUCCCACUAGGGGAGACUUACACAUCGCCCCCUUUACAGACGACGCCCUCUACAUGGAACAAUAUAGCAAAGCCAACUUUUGGUUCCAGACCUGUUUCCACGGCGUCAAUUUAUCCGCCAUACAAAAUUGUGCGGUCCAAGAGUAUUUUAGGCAACCAAUAGUCGACACGUUCGACGUGAGAAUUUGCAUGAGCAAAAGUAUCAGGCACGUGGUGGACUUUUUGGAAGCCGACGAGACGGAUUUGCAUACGAUUAAUAUACCGUUGGAAUUUCAUAUAUUGGAGUCGGGCACCUGUCACGGACUCGCCUUUUGGUUCGAUGUCGCUUUUAUCGGAUCGCAACACACGAUUUGGUUAAGUACGGCCCCUACGGAACCUUUAACACAUUGGUACCAGGUCAGGUGUUUGUUAGAACAACCACUUUUACUAAAACAAGGCCAAGUCCUAACAGGCACGGUCUUAUUAGUGGCGAACAAAAGGCAGAGUUACGACGUGACAAUCGAAUUGACGGCGGGAGGGCAGACUUCCAGAAACACAUUGGACCUAAAGAAUCCUUAUUUUAGGUACACCGGGGCCCCUGUACAGCCUCCACCAGGUGUUUCGAAUGCCUCUCCGAGUGAGAGUUACUGGAGCCAGUUGGAUGCCCAAGGUGUCCGAAAUGCCGUUAAUAUGGUUAACGGGAUGUCCGUUAAUGGAUUGGGGGAAGUGUCAAUGGAUACUACCCAAACAUUAAUUAAUAAUAACCUUAUGGCCAAUAAUCUUAUCGCUUUGGUGGAUCCACAACACAUUUCUGAUCCUUCGCAACCCAAUAUUCAUCCUGGAUGUAUACCGAGUACGGGAAGAGGUCGCGUAGCAGCCAGCCCGACGUCCACCCAUACGGCGCAACUUAUAGGGGGCGCCAUUUCACCCUCGUUGUUCACGUCACCGGCGGGGGCACCCCAGCAACCCUUAGUGAUGGCCAAUUACCCUGUCGCGCAAAAUCUGAUGAUCGGCGACUACGUGAAACCCGGCAACGGUGUGGUGUCGGCCGUCUAUAGGCAACAGUAGUCCCGGUAGUACUCUUAAUAACAACAAUAAGUUUUAAGCGCAGCGUUUUCGGUUUUUUUUUCUUCAUUAAAUGCUCAAUUAAGGCCAAGAGAGUCAGUCAUAAUAGGAGAUUGUUGGACAGUAGAAGUGUGCUGCUUUAUAGUUGUUGGGUAAUACGACAUAUUCAGAGUGAAUAAUUUUUUUGCUUAGGGAAUCUCGUAAAAUUGCUACUUGGGCAGCUCUACUCUGAUUUUUUUUUUAAUUAUAGAAGAUCCGUGCAUUUCUUCGUCCCUCUACACUAUAUCAUAUUUUCGAUCAAAAAUUUAGGAAAAACUCGCCCAGUAU